AUGGAACUUUUGGAUGUCCAACCGUAUGAGACGGCACUUCAUCGUCUACUUCGCGCCGGUGUUUGUAGUGAUGAACAAUUGCAUGAUUAUCAUCUCUCUCAAGCUUUACGUGGUGUAAGCUAUGCAGUGAAUCGUACUUCUCUACCAUUUCCAAGUUUAAUAUUAACAUCAUCUCAAGUAGUGGAUGAAUCUACAAAAACCACCUCUCUUGUUUCUUCAACGCCCACUACAGUUCCUGGUGGUGUUGCCGUACUCUCUCGGAUGUGUGUAUCUGCUCUCUCUUCUUAUGCCAAUUUGCGUACGGUGGUGUAUAUAUCCACACGACUCUUAUGUGAUGAUGCGACUGCCUAUGGAGAAGGGAAUGAACGUCCUUGUUGUACACAUGCAUGGAUAGAGGCUUUAUCUGCAGUUAGUAAUAAAAUGUUUUUACGACAGCAAAUGAGUAUUCACCAUCGAUUAUCACUUGGAUAUAUACUUAUACUUGCUGGAACUGUAAGUGCAGUGGCUCAGGGAUGUGUAACGGGUAAAAGACUUACUAGUCAUUUCCCAGAGUUUACACAAUCUAUUUUAGAGGAUAUAAUACCUUAUAUAGCCAUUAUUGCAGAUACAAAAGAGAAUAUGAUAUCAGUAACGCCAUCAAAUAAAGGAGAGAUUCAUAAUAAUGAAAGUUCUGUAAUAAAACAGAAUAUAUUUCAAUCACCUUCUCGAUUAACGGUUGAAGCGAAUAAUACCAUUAUAGAUAUAUUUUAUAAUAUUACACUUGAUAUAUUAGAUGUCCAUCAAGGUGGAAAUAAUAAUCAAACAGAAAAUCGUUGUAUUGUAUUGGAUCGAGAUGUCCCUAUACGAAUGUGGUCAUCUAUUUCUAUUCUUAGUAGAGCCUUACGUCGAUCCCUUCAUUGGAUUCAACAGGAAAGUAUUUGGCAUAUACCUUUUUUAGUGAAUUCUUCUUAUAAUAAUAAUAAUAAUAAUAAUAAUAAUAAUAAUAAUAUUACUACUACUACUACUACUGUAAAUAGGGAGAUACAAGCUGUGAAUGAAUCAUUUGAAAUAGUUAAAACCUCUUUUGAUGCUAUUUUUGCAAAUUUAUUAAAACAACAAGAAACGCUUGAGUGUUCUCAGAAAAGAGUGGAACAGCAAUUUGGUAAAAAUGCUAAAGAUUAUAAUGAAAUAAGUAAUAUGAUAUGGGUAAAUACUCUUCGAUUAUGUUUUCUAUCUCGUACGAUCACAAGUGCGUGGAUCCAUAUUCAUGGUAGAAGUGAUCAUACAGAAAUACAUAAAGGUGAUAAAAAGAUUCUAGCUUUUAUCGCAUCUUUUAUGUCAUCUGUACCUAUAUUGGAGGAAAAAGAAAAAGAGUCUGAUGUGUUCUUUGCAAGUACAGCAUUACUCGCAGCGGCUUUUGCAUCUCUAGUUGCUUCUCCUAUUUCAAUGAUGCAAGGAAUCAUCUGGUCAUCUGAUGUGAACUUAACACAAGAAAUUCAUCAUAUUAUUAUUAAUCGUGCACUUCGUUAUAAGGAUGAAAAUGUACAGAAAUUAGGGGCAUUAUUAUCACGUUUAAUAUUAUACAGUUCUUCUUCUUCUGCUGCUGUUCGUACAAUUGCAGAUUCUUCCGAUCAACUCUUAGAACUUCUUACAGAUGGUCGUGAUGCGGCUUCUCAGUGUGUUACCGGUAUGUUAAUGCGGGCUGCAGUGGAACGUCCACAUGUUAUUUUACCCGCACUCUUUCGUCGUCUUCAACAUGGAGAUAUAGGAACAAGGCGAAAUGUAUUAGAUGUACUCUCAGCACUUCCCCAACUAAGUGAAGAUGCGGCUUAUGGAGAAACCUUUACUUGUGAACAAAUGCGUCCUGUUUUACGUCUCAUGGCAGAAGAAUUGUUACUUCGAAUUCAGGAUGAAGAGUUACUGGUGCGAUUGCAAAGUUCAAAACUUUUUGCGAAAGUGUGGCCAGAAGAUAUUUGUCGUCCAUUACUUCAUCUUGCGACUCAGCGAGAUAAAACUGUUAAGAAACAAUCCGCGGCGCAGCAAGCAUUACUUUCUGUUGUAGAAGCUCAUAAAAAUGAUGCUACUAUUGUGCUUAUAUUAGUACAACAAUCUUUAUCUUUAUUAGGAGAAAGUAUGUCAUCUAUUUGUGCUACCCCAUCCACACCUGCUGAUAUAUUAGCUUUCUCCAAAUUACAUUCCUGUGGAGUAAAUAAUGAUAAUGAAACAUAUAUGGAUUCUAAUACAUCUAAAUCAGAAACUACAGGUAAUCAACGUGACCGACUCUUACGACUCAUUAUGUUAUUGGUACGUCGUUGGGCAGAAAUUGUACCUAAAUGGACAGAAACUCAUAUCACUCCUAUUGUUAAACGUAUUAUGGAAGCUCAUCUACCAUUAGAACAAGAAAUUCUUAUCCGUAUAAUUGGACAAAUAGCAUCUAUUUGUGGUACAACAGAGGAUGGGGCAUUGACACUCUUAUCAAGUUGUAUACAUGUUAUGAAACUAGAUACCCAUAUAGAGGAGGAAGAAGAAGAAAAAGAAGAAAAAGAAAAUGAUGAUGAUGAUGAUGAAAACAAUAGAGAAAAAGGCAUACCACAAUUAGAUAUAUGGCUAGACAAACUUUUUCUUGAAAACAAUAGUCCUCAAACUACGACUUCACAAGACACCACUCAGAUAAUGUAUCAAGCAGUGGCACCACUGCUUUGCCUUCGAAGUUGCCCACGUAGUACUUUUCUAUCACCAAAACUAGAAGAGUUAAAAUCAGCUAUGAUAAUAGUAUGGGAUAUUCUCUGGAGAAUUCUUCUCUCUAUUAAAUAUCGUGAAAGACUUCCUCUUGAUAUUCAACGUUUGCUACUUGAGCUUGUAUGUAAGUAUAGUGCUUCAAUGGUAUUCCAAAAGUUAAAAUAUCUUGAAGAAGAAUAUUUAAAGGGUACGAAUAUAAAAGUAGAAAAUAUAUCCUGUAAUGUUCGUUUUUUGCGUCGCGUCGGAUUUUUCUGUAUUGGAACACUAUUAUCACAAAACAAGUAUGUAUUAGCCAAAGAAGAAGUAAAUAAUGAUGAUACUGUAUUAUCAGAUGAGAAAGAAUCUGUAAAUGAAUUCUUAGAUCUUUUAAAUGGAUCCAUCAUGGCUCUUCGAUGGACUGAAGAAGAUGUACUACCAUGGUUAUUAAAUGAUGAAGGUGGAGAAACACAUGAUGAAAGUGUUGAUGCGGAUGCACAACGUUUAAGUCGAGCAGCUGUAGAAUGUAUGGGGUUUAUUACAAUUGUAGCCCUACGGCGAAAGGUAUUUAAUGAUGCUGUAGUGGCACCUGUAAUGCUUCCAUUUUCUCAACUAGCUACAUUAUAUCGUGAACAGAUUAAAGAAUUAAAAGAAGGUCGGGAGGAAGUAUCUAAAUCUCCUGCAAGUAAUAACUCUGCUAAUUUACUUGGACGAUUUGAGUUUGCAAUACAUGUACAACAAUGUGCUCUUGGUAUUAUUCGUACCCAUCCAUUGAGUAAAGAAUUACUAUCUCAGUGGUUUACAGUGUACAUGCCUCUGUUAAUAGAACUCGCCAAUGCAUCUUGUGCCGUUGCUUCUCAUCUCAAUAAGAGUGAUAUUGGCCAAAUAGCGGCAGAAUGCUGUCAUGUACUCUUUCUUGCUGUCAUGUCCUCACGUGGUCUAUCCCAUUCAGAUCCCACCACCACAUCACUACCAACAGUGGAAGAAGGAACGGGAGUGGGAGCUGCUAUUCUGUGUAUGGACCCCACAGACCGCGAUGCCCUCGUCGGCUUCGCAGUUGGCAGUGCACGUUACGCAAGUCUCCCGCGACUGCAGGCGGUGGGCAUCAAACUUCUCGCCGCUCUUCUCGCCGCUGCGCCGACGGCAUUCACCGCCGCUGCGACCGCCAGCGCCGUCGCCGUUCUUCAAUCCGUCGCUCACAUUCACGAGGACAGCACCACGCGGGCACUGGCAGAGCGCGUUCUUUCCAUCAUAGAACAAGUCGAGGUGUAUUAG